AUAAUGAAACUAAAGACUAUAUAAGGAGAGAAAUGAAGCCUGAAGGUCCAGACCUGAAGGGACUGAGCGCCAGGCAACAUCAUAGAAAUGGCUGCAGCAGCAUUUUUCAGCAUCGCAUUUGUCUUCCUUUGCUGCCUUUACAUAACUCAAGGGCAGUUGGCUGUGGACUGCUGCCUGAAAGUCAGUGGGACUGAAAUUCCCAAACGUAUUGUGAGAGGAUACAUUCGGCAGACCGGUGGUCAAGGCUGUGACAUUAGUGCCGUGGUCUUUAUCACCAUGAAAAACCGAAGGCUGUGUGCCCCCCCUGGUGCAUCAUGGGUAAAUGAGCUGAUCAGCUACCUGCAGGAAAAACGUUACGGAUGCAUACAGAACAAGUUCAAGAACAAAUGGUGCAAGAAUUUCAAGCUGUGAAUGCUGUUGGACCUGCACAGACUUCAGUUAUUUAGUCUCUGUACCAGAAGGAAAAAAAAGAAUCAUUUUUCUUUCACAGACGCACUUUUGGCAUUUUCAUUUUCUCUAACAUAGUUCGUGAUUUUUGUUGUGUACCACAUGUUGCUGUUUGUAGUUCAUUGAGAUACGACUGGUAUCAUUACCCUACAUGCUGCACAAAAUCUUGUAAGCUACAAAGCAUCUAAUAUAUAGUUGCUUUUUAAAGACAUAUCGGGGGCAUUUUAUAGCUAUUAAAAUCCUGGAUACCAUUUAUAAUAUAAAUCUUAUUGCAUGUCUUUAAUCUUAAAAUAAAGAUCUGAUUUGAAUGUAUUUUUAUAUAAUGACUUUGUAUUCUUAAGGCAGUCUAAUAAUAAUUCUGUAUUUCUGACAUAAAAUGAAAUUUUAUGUGACUUUAACUAAAACCAAAUAAAGAUUUAAAAACAG